AGAGAGACUGAAUCAGAAGACAAAAUCAUGGAAAUCUCAGAUGCUGUUGAACUUGCUUCUUGACACGUCCGUAGGCAGCUUUUUCAGAAUCAUUGCUCUUCCUGAUAUCUAUUAUUUCACUUUGACCCUUUUUGGUUUCUUUUAAUGCUCCUCCACUGCUUGAAUUCCCCGAUCUGCCAUUAUCAUCUUCAGUUAACCCGCAAUUGUCUUCCCUGUUCACUUAGUUAAGUUUCUUAUGGGUGUUUCAAGUUCCCUCUUUGUUUCAUUACUUGCUCUUCUGGGUUUCUCACUUGUCCAUGGGGAUCCUCUGGUUCCUGCGCUGAUGAUAUUCGGAGACUCUGUGGUUGACGUGGGAAAUAAUAAUAACCUCUUAACAUUGGUGAAGGCAAAUUUUCCUCCUUAUGGAAGAGACUUUGUCACUCACAGACCAACCGGAAGGUUCUGCAAUGGAAAACUUGCCGUAGAUUUCACUGCUGAAUACCUCGGUUUUACUUCAUACCAACCGGCUUAUCUAAGCCAAGAGGCUAGAGGGACGAAUCUUUUGAUAGGAGCCAACUUUGCCUCUGGUGCUUCUGGUUACCACGACGGGACAGCAGCUUUAUAUGGGGCGAUUUCUUUGACUCGGCAGUUGAAACACUACAAGGAGUAUCAGAGAAAAAUUGUGAAUAUGGUGGGAAAUGCUAGGGCCAAUGAGAUUUUCUCAGGUGCGAUCCACCUUAUUGGUGCUGGAAGCAGUGAUUUUAUCCAGAACUACUACAUUAAUGCCCUUCUGAAUCGAGUCUACUCGCCUGAUCAAUUCUCAGACAUUCUCAUGGCAUCCUACACUAAUUUCAUUCAGAAUCUGUAUGAACUGGGAGCAAGGAGGAUAGGAGUAACCACGUUGCCGCCAAUUGGAUGUUUGCCUGCAGCCAUUACUUUAUUUGGCUCCGGAAGCAACCAGUGUGUUGCCAGACUGAACCGCGAUGCCAUUUCGUUUAACGAUAAACUAAAGAGCACUUCUCAGAGUUUGAAGAGCAGACUUCCUCGUCUAAAGCUUGUGGUAUUUGAUAUCUACCAGCCUCUGUUGGAUCUGAUUACCAGCCCCAGUGACAACGGAUUUUUUGAAGCAAGAAAGGCCUGCUGUGGUACUGGAAUAAUAGAAACUUCCUAUCUCUGCAAUGCAGUGUCUGUAGGAACGUGUGCCAAUGCUACAGAGUACGUGUUUUGGGAUGGAUUUCAUCCAUCUGAAGCAGCAAAUAACGCGUUGGCAGAUAAUCUAUUAGCGCAGGGAAUAUCCCUGAUCACUUAGGCAUUCCGAAUACGACUAAAAAUAUUGCUCUCCAAUGUUUUGGAUGCUAUGACAAAUAAAAUAAAGCUCCUAUAAUUGCACGUA